AUGCCCUCCCCCACGUCGAGUAAAACAAUCGCAAGAGUAACAAACGCUAUCCAGAAAUUGUACCCGUUGCACCUAGCAGACAAAUCAUGGGACAACACCGGCUUAUUGGUAGACUCUUCUUCCGAGACAGCUCCUGAAAGCGAAGAAAAAUGUAAGAUACUUUUGACCAUUGACUUGACACAAUCAGUGGCAAGCGAAGCUGUCAAAAAUAAUAGCAAUGUUGUGAUUGCCUACCACCCAUUUAUUUUCCGGGGAUUGAAGUCCAUUACGCCUAAGGACCCCCAACAGAAAUCUUUGCUUAGACUAAUUCAAAACAACAUUAGCGUGUAUUCUCCACACACUGCCGUUGAUAGUGCGAAAGGAGGUGUUAACGAUUUCUUGGCGGACGGUAUCUCUGGUUCUUUCAAGGAAAGCACAAGAGAGGUGAUCCUCCCCGAUUCGAAAGAAGAGGGCUGCGGUAUGGGAAGAUUAGUGACGCUUGCACAAAGCGCACCACUUAGCGAGCUCGUGAAUAAUGUGAAGUCGUCUUUGAAUUUGACGCAUGUGCAAGUAGCCACUGCAAGGAAGAGCGAUCUGACGCAGGCCAUACGUACAAUUGCCAUCUGUGCGGGCUCGGGUGGGUCGGUAUUCAAGGGCACACAUGCAGACUUGUAUUUUACCGGCGAGUUGUCUCAUCAUGAAGCACUCUAUUUCACAGAGACGGGGUCUUCAGUAGUGGCCUGCAACCACACCAACACAGAGAGAGCUUUUUUGAGAGUUUUGAAAUCUCAGUUGGAGAAAGAACUCCCAGAAGCGGAAAUCGAGGUGAGUCAGGUUGACAGAGACCCUUUCGAGACAUGGUAA